GGUUGUGCCAGUCAGGCCCCGACAGAGGCAUUCCGAUGUGUCAGCAGUUUGGAUGAAGAGCUGGCUCAUUGGGGCAGGACUGAGGGAACAACAAGAACCAUCACUGUGAGCUGGACUGACUUCCCUGACCCUCGGGUCCCGUCGGCAGAGCCCAGCUGGCAGCUAGCAGGCAGGAGGCCCAGGCAGUCCAUUUGCAGGUGGGGUCAGCCUUCCAGAGCCCAGAGAAGGGUGGAAGGGGCGGAGAACAGCUUUGGGGGCACACUGAGGACAGGCAUGGAGCUGCUUUAGCUUGAGUGGCCCAGAAAGGCCUCUGAACAGUUUGGGCUUGGCUUCCAGGAGGAAGCUCUUGUCAAGAUUUCUGGGUAGUUGUCUGUCUAGGCCGCGGUCGUCAGCUACAGUCAGUCUGGCCCCCGACUCGUGGCGCCUCCAUGCACAGUGGAACGAAACCCUGCCCAGUCGUGCACCAUCCCCAGGAUUGGUUGUGGAUUGGACCAUUGUGAUCCAUAGGAUUUUCACCCGCUGAUUUUCGGAAGUAGAUGGCCAGGCUUCCUAACGCAUCUCAGUCUGGAAGCUCUGCUGAAGCCUGCUCAGCAUCAGAGCAGCAUGCCCUGACAGGCGGGUGGUAGCUGCAAGUGAGGUGCACUGGCCAGGCGUCGAACCCAGGUCUUCUACAUGGAAGGCUGGAGUUCUGCCACCGAGCACCGCUGCCUCAUGCUGUCGGGGGGAAUAGCAAAGGCCCAGGUUCCUGUGCAGGCAUGGGCACGGUGGAGGGACCGUGUGGCUGGAGUGGCCAAGUUUGAAUCGCUGUUUAGGACAUACGACAAGGACAUCACCUUUCAGUAUUUUAAGAGCUUCAAACGAGUCAGGAUAAACUUCAGCAACCCUUUAUCUGCGGCAGACGCCAGACUCCAGCUGCAUAAGACUGAGUUUCUGGGAAAGGAAAUGAAAUUAUACUUUGCUCAGACUUUACACAUAGGAAGUUCACACCUGGCUCCGCCAAAUCCCGACAAGCAGUUUCUGAUCUCUCCUCCUGCCUCUCCACCCGUGGGUUGGAAACAAGUGGAAGAUGCAACCCCCGUCAUUAAUUACGAUCUCUUAUACGCUGUCUCCAGGCUGGGGCCAGGGGAGAAGUACGAGCUGCACGCAGCCACCGACACUACCCCCAGCGUGGUGGUCCACGUGUGUGAGAGUGACCAGGAGGACAAAGACGACGAGGAGGUGGAGAGAAGGAAGAGGCCCAAGCCCCAGAUCGUCCAGACCAGGAGGCCGGAGUACACGCCUGUCCACUUACGCUGAACCGGCCCUGGGUGAAGAUGGAUUCCACACCGCCCUCCUGGGAGGAACCUUUGACUGUGCAAAUGGCCGGUCACAGCUUGGGAAGUGGCAGCCGUGACCGUCGUGGCAGAAACUCCAGUCCAUGUUGCUCGGAAGAGAAUCAAGGCUUCGUCUCCCGGCUCCAGCGCUGCACAUCCGUCCAUGUUCACGGCACCCCAAUGUCUUGGGCCAAUCACUGAGUUUGCGGUGAUCGCACAAGGACGUGUGGGGACGUCUUGAGAAAACUGAUAAUGAGUAUUUUGUGCUUGUUCUUUCCUGGUAGGUUGUCACGUUUGUGCCUGGGGCAGGUUGGCAGGCGGCCGGGAGAGCUCUGUGUCUCUAGCUGGCCUGCAGGGUGGAGCCUCGGCUGGUCUGUCGGUGCAGGGAGCUCGUUCAAACAACAAUGCCAUGCGGAAAUGGGAGUGUUUUAUUUGUGCCCUCCUGUUCUAAUGUGUGUGCAUGUAGAUUACUGAUUUUCAAACUAACCUUUGUUCCUAUGUCAAAUUACACCGUUGUGUUUUACGUCUUCUGGAAAGCCAGGGAAGAUUUUGAAAACUGUCACCCUUGCCGAUCUGCACCUCUCAUGUUCAACAGCGUGCGUGUUUUUGGCCGGGACGCAUUCGCUCGGCACCCUCCCUGGGGCAACAUGUAACCUGCGCUUUGCAAAAGAAGUUGGUCUGGAAUGUCUGUGUAGAGUUUAGCUUACACAAUUCAGAGACUAGCAGCUUCACUGCCAACUUUUCGUGGGUGAGAAAUUUUAGUUUAGGUGUUUUGGGGUGAGACAUUGGUUUCAUUUGUCUCUUUUCCGUGGUUGUUAAUCCCCAUGAAUCAUAACCAAAUACUCUUUGGGAACUGUUGGUUGAGGUAGGUGAUUUUUACCCCACUGAAACAUCAAAAUAAACUUGUAAAUAAAGCUAAUAGCAUAUAUUCACAACCGUUGUGUACGUGGGUGAAAACAUGGUGGUGGAAGAAUACUGGAGACGUGUUAACCUUCCUGUGAGCUGUAUGUUGUGGAAAAUGCUGUUAAAACGUUUUAACAGGACUUGAAUCCAGAGCCUGUCAGGUGGGUAGUAGCCGUGUGGUGAUGUGAGAGGAUGCAGUGCCUUUCCCCAUUAAUUCCUGAUGGAAUUCUUACACUAGGUUAACAUUUGUAUUUUUUUUUAGUUGUAAGGUGUCUGUCUGGUACAUAGGUAUUAUAUUUGGGCCUUAAAAAUACCAUAACAGAGUGUGUCAUUUUGAAAUACCUAAUGCCAAGUAACAAUGCAUGCUUUGGAAAUUUGGAAGGUGGUUUUCUUUUAAGAAGCAAGUGGGUUUGCAUUAACUCCCUUGGUGGUUCCUAUCAAGGAUGGAUUGGAUGUCUCCAACCUCGUUACAGUGCUGGGGGCAGGUGAGGGAGAGACCUUGCGUGGCUGUUCAAGUGUUUCCAGUUAAACGCUUUUAAACUGGAGAGGCUAGCCUCAACAUAUUUUUUUUAACUGCGUUCUGUAAUAAAUCGGCACAGUCUGCUCUUUAC